CGAAGCGUUUGCGGACAAGGCAGAGCGCCAUCACGGCAGAGCUGGUGAACGCACCAACAGCAGUCGGCACAACCAAACCAGCACCAACAAGCACCACCGCCCCCGACAGCAACAACGCACGAGCUUCUUCAUCCAUAUCGUCGAGUGCGACAACCGCAACGGCCGGGCUGCUGCUGUAUCCUCUCUCGUUCAGCAACAGCAACAGCAACUCCUAGCCGCUCCGCACACUACUGGCUUCCAGUUGCGGUCCGCCAGGGGAAGAAACUGCUGGGAUACAUAUCUAUCGGCCUUUAUCCUCCUCUCUGAGAUAAAAACGGCUGUUUAGUCUGCUGGCAUCGGCUGCCGCCGCCUGCCCGAGGAAAGCAAGACAGGCGUCGCCUACCGCCCACACCACCACCACCAUGCAGCACCUGUUGGCGUUCAACGAGAACGUGACCCUCGCCGAGCUCAACGAGGUCGAGCCGUUCUCCCAGGGAGGCUUCUGCGUGAUCUGCUCCUGCGUCUACCGCGGGCAGCAGGCCGUACUCAAGAUCCCCAAGCCGGCGACGGCCUCCAGCCGCAGCGGCGGCGCCGCGCAGGACCUCCUCACGGAGAUCUCCAUCUACCGGCAAAUCUCCCAGCGAGGCGGACACCCCAACAUCGCCCGCGCCUUCGGUGCCGGCACCCACGUCCAGCAGGGAGAGACGUCGCCGUCGCCGUUCCUCCUGCUGGAGAGGCUCGAGGGAGGCACGCUGGAGAACGCCUUCGAGCGGAGCACCGCGGUCUGGAGCGACCCGAUCGGCAGGCUGCCCGUGGCCAUCGAGCUGGCGGAGGCGGUGGCGUUUCUGCACGAGGCGGCUAUCCCAGGCGGGGUCGUCCUGCACAGGGACCUGAAGCCAUCGAAUAUCGGGCUCUGCGGAGCGGGACACAUCAAGGUGUUCGAUUUGGGGCUUUCGGUCGUGAGGCAGGUGCUUGAAGCGCCCACCAGAGUGUAUGAGAUGUCGGGCAUGGCGGGCUCCAAGAGGUUCAUGGCCCCCGAGGUCUGCACCGGGCUGUCGUACAACGAGAAGGUGGACGUGUACUCGUUCGCCCUCGUGCUGUGGCAGAUCUGCGCCCUGCGCAAGCCCUUCGCGGGCAUGAGCGAGGCCGACCACUACCUCCAGGUCGUGCAGGGGGGCCUGAGGCCCCCCCUCGACGCGCGGUGGCCGCCGCAGCUCGUGCACCUGCUGCAGGCGUGCUGGCACGUACACCCGGACGCGAGGCCGACCAUGGUCCAGGCCCGCGACACCUUGCGGCAGAUCUUCGCGAUGGGCGGUGGAGGGGGCGCGCCGCCCUACUAAGGAAAGGAGGAGGAGGAGGAGGCUGGAUGGCUGCUUUUUUUGUACCGGGCGGAAAUGGGAUAGUUUUUAGGUAUGUGGACUUGGGCCGCAGAGACUUCACCACAUCCUCUCAUCACUCAUCUCCGAUUUUGCUGGGGUAUCUGUCGUUGGUGCAUGUAUGAGUGAGUGUGCAUGCUAUCGGAGGCAGCAGUCGCGCAACCGUGUGAGUCUUUUUGGUG